AUGGGUGUUGUGUAUUAUCAAUAUAAGAGUGAAAAGGAAAUCUGUUCUAUGCCUGUGCCCCAUGCUUUUAUCUCUGUGUCUGAACUCAAGCAGCUUAUCAUGACGAGCGGUAAGCACGGCCGUGGGCGAACCCGCGGCCGUGCCACAGAGGAUAUUGUCAUCUCCAACGCCCACACUGGCGAAGAAUAUGCAGAUGAAAGAGCAUCCGUACCACAGAACACAACUGUGCUGGUCUGCAGAAUUUCCAUUCCUGGGCAACUGUCAGAGAAGAUCGUCUUGUCCCCCACGCGGAAAGUCACAGAAGAAUGUUCUGUACCUUGUAAGUCAGUCGUUACUGACUCAAGCUCAAAGUCAUGUUCCUCCACAGUAGUGCAAGAUGAAGAUGCUGCAAUUGCAGCAGUGAUUGAUGCUGCUGAACUCAAAUUGGAACAGCACCCGUCUAAAAGAGGACAAGGCAGUGGAAGGUUUACAUCAGGACGUAACUAUGGGCCAUUGGAAGGGGAGACACCUCCACCAGGAUAUGUCUGCCGCUCUUGCGGUGUUCCAGGCCAUUUCAUUCAACACUGCUCACAGGAAAACAAGACGCCUCCACCUGGAUACAUUUGCUACAGAUGCCGAAUUCCAGGGCAUUUUAUUCACCAUUGCCCAACCAUUGGCGAUCCCAAGUUCGACAAUAAUAAUAUGAGUCGGUCUCUUGUCCCAGUAGUAACUGUCAGUCCUGUCGAUGGCAUUUUGGAUUCACUUGUCCCGGCUGCCCCAGUUAGUGCUGUUGAUGACUUGCCAGCAGAGCUCCACUGCCGACUAUGUAAAAAAGUGAUGAGAGAUGCAGUAUUGACAAGCAAGUGCUGUUUUGACAGUUUUUGUGAUAGAUGCAUUCGGGAUUAUAUUAUUACAGAGUCGAAGUGCAUUUGUGGAGUCAAGACACUAGCAGAUGACCUCAUUCCCAAUCACACACUUCGGGGCACAAUCAGCAAUAUGUUGGGAACACAGACUAGCAGCGGUGGAAGUGGUACAACAAGGCAUAGAAGUUCGUCAGGCAGCAACCCUGACCCCAAAAUACUGAGCCACACUGCUUCUGCGGCCUCAGCAAGGGAGGUGAAGCAACCUACAGACCACCAGCUACCAGCAGCAUCUGCACCUGAUGAUGCGCUCCAUGUUGCCACAGAAGGUGCUCUAGUGAACCAGCCUCUAGAUAAAUUGGCAGCCACUGCCAAAAUCCUUAGCAAAGAUGAAGGCAAUUCUGCAGAAGUGUCAGCAGAGAAGGCUGUAGCAAAUGCUGAAGCCCCCAAAGUAAAGGAUGGAAGUGAAUCGACUUCAAAGGCCACCACUGUUUCAGGGGCCCUGAAACACGAUGUCACAAGGACAGAUCAACCGAAGAAGAAGCGGAAGAAGGCAGACUUAACUAAGAGUGUUCAACCUAACAAUGUUGGCUAUGGUUACAAUGUUCCAUUUGACCCUGCAUAUUACAAUCCCUUCAUCAAUGGAUAUCCUUGGGCAACUGAACCUUACAUGUAUAGCUCAAUGGGGAUGCCGUACACUGGUUAUCCAAUGGAUCCAUAUUGUGUGAAUACCUUCACUGGCAUGCCACCGCAGGUUUUUGCAAUGCAAGGCUAUCCAGCAAGCUACCAAAGGCCUGAAAUUGAGCCCAUGCAUCGUGGGGGCACUGCAGCUACUAGGGCACUUUCAAAGCACCCUGAGAGGAGUGAGAGGCCCAAGGACACUCGUCUUCAGCCCCAAUCACCAGAGCACAAGCGACAACUGGUCUCUUCUCAUGGCUCAGAAUCAAGAACAAGGAACAGAACAAGGUCAAGUUCUGAGAGAAGGGAACAUGGGCAUUCUGACAGGGCCUCCGUUGAGGAUCACUCUAGUAGGAAGCAGAUGCGCGAUUCCUCUCCAAAGUAUGACGAUAAACAGAGCAGCCGGAGGUCGAGAUAUGGUUCCAGGAGUAUCACCCGUGAGGAGGAUGCAAGCGACGAUGAACGUAAUUUCAAGAGGAGAUGGGGUCGAAGAUCAUCAGGAGGCAUGGACACAAGGCACUGA